AUGGCUACUACGGACAUGUUCCAAGCGAACCUGGUGCCAAAUUUCUCUAGUGUGCGAGGAGAAAACGUCAACGCGUACUUUCGAUCAUGUAGAUUGAUGUGGAUGCAUCUUCACCCUGGCGACGAGUACCCAACCGCUGCUCUAAAGAAUUUCAACGAAGCAUGCGCAAUCCAGGCAUACAAUGGUCUUAAGGAUGAAGCCCUAGAAUACGCAAAUCAGCUAGAGGACUUUCAUCUAUCGAACUGGGACAUGCUGCAGAUGGAGUUGAAGGGCCGUUUCCCUUACGAGCCAGAGGAAUCCGAACCAGUAUCUACCCGGGUUUUUGGCCUGAAACAGCAUGGCAAUACGUUGGAUGCCUACUUUGAAAAAGCAAGAGACAUCCUUUUUUGCUAUUGA